AUGGAGACCGUCUCCCCCUAUACAGUCUCCGCGACGAAUCGAAGUGGCUUGAUUGUCAUCGUUGAAACACUUUUCAUGACAUGGAUGAUAAUAGUGAACCUGAUUCGACUGUACAUGCGUCUAGCAAUCAACGGACCAGUCAAGAUUGACGAUGUGGUAGUUUUUACCGGAAGUAUAAUAGCCAUUGCUCAUGUCGGAACAAUCAUGGACGCAAUCUCCCAUGGCCUGGGCCGAUCAGAGGACGAAAGCUCGGUUUCGAACUUAGACAUCUAUGCGGCGAACCUCUUAUUCCUGGCUGGACACGGCGCGGCCAAGAUAUCCAUAUGUUUGCUUCUCAAACAACUAGGCCGGCAAGGGGGCUACUUGAUCUGCGCCAAGGUUCUUCUGGGAAUGGUGACAGCGUGGAUAACUGGUUCGAUUUUUGCGGUUGCCUUCAGUUGCUUCCCACAGUACCAAUUUUCUAUGGCGCAGCAUUGUACUAAUAUUGGUAUUGCCUGGAAAGUGAUCACUGCGUUUGAUGUGAUUACGGAUAUCCUUACCUUUGGACUGUGUAUAUUACUGGUUUGGGGGGUUCAGAUGCGGUGGAAGCAAAAAUGGGCGGUAGUUUUUGCUUUUGGGACAAGAGCUCCGGUUGUUAUUCUAAUUAUACUUCGCCAAACCUAUCUUAACCACUCGCUUUUCCUUCCCGACGCACCUCUGCAUCAAUCGAAUGCAAUGAUCGUGACCGCCAUUCUCCUUCAUUGCAGCAUUAUGGUAUCCACCGUGCCAUGUCUAAAGCCAUUUGUUAUCUCAUUCAACACUGGAUGGGGGCAGGGCGUGACAAAUAGCAACGGCCAAAAUUCAUAUUUCACACCUACUGGGAAGAGCGCAUCGGUCAACCAAUCCCACAUCUACUCAAUAAACCGGGGAGAGGGAGACGAGAUUGACUUCACUACUUCCCGGCAGUCGCAGGAUAGUCAGCACUCGCAACGUCUGAUUAUUCACCAGGUGCAGGAGUGGAAGGUAGAAGAGGAAUAUGAGAUGCAUUCUAUACGAGAUAGGAUUUGA